ACAGUUAAUAAUAUAGUCAGCUAUUGUUGGUUUAUUUGAUAACAAAGGAAAAAUUUUGGAUUUUUUUAUGCUGCUAGGUUUUAUUGAAAACGAAAAAAUUGAAGCAUAUUAGAAAUUAUGUAAAUUAAACAAAAGUCAAAUGUGAUGCUACAUAACAUUUCCGUUUGUGUUAUUAAAAUCGAAAUCGAUUCACCAAGCGAUCCUGCAGGAGAAACCGGAGCUGCUGCUGCUCCUCGUAUACAAAAAGAGCGUGAACGUGAUCGUGGGCUUCGUAAUAGUACCGAAAUUGUUAUUGAAACCUACACUAAUAAGUUGUGGUGCGAAAAUACGAAUUGGGAUACGAAAGAAAUGAGUGCUGCAUCCGCAGAGGAGGAACAACGGCAACAGCAAAGUGAAUUGCCUACUUCGAGCAGUUCACGCGAAACAACCCCUUUGGAAGAGGGUCAAUGUGCAUCGGAACUACCUAAAGAAAUUGGGUUUUUCUCCGGUAAUCCUAGUGUUGAAGUGACUAAUGGCAUUAUACAUUUGUAUAAGAAAAAUGAACGCAAAGAUAUUAAAGAAGCUCCUUCCAACCAGUUAUGUUUGUUAGCAGUGCCAGCCAGUUUAAGUUGCCAUGAUUUGUUAAACUUUGUGGCUCCUUGUCAUUCAGAGAUUCAACACAUACGCAUAGUACGGGAUGGCAGUCCAAACCAGUUUAUGGUUUUAUUGGAAUUUCGAGCUAAUGCUGCAGCUUUGGAAUUUUAUCAGACUUACAAUGGCGCAGCUUAUAAUACCCUUGAGCCGGAUUCUUUGUGUCAUGCUGUUUGGGUUUCGGAGAUCGAGCGUGGUGAUGAUGGGAUCCCGCCUGCAGGUCACACAGAACUACCGACUUGUCCUGUUUGUUUGGAGCGUAUGGAUGAAAGUGUAGAUGGUGUUUUGACCAUUCUUUGCAAUCACGCCUUUCAUGCUAAUUGUUUAAUUAAAUGGGGUGACUCAACUUGCCCAGUAUGUCGUCAUGUUCAGACGCCGGAUUUAAUGGAGAAUUCCGUCUGCAUGGAAUGCGAAGGUACAGAUUCUUUGUGGAUUUGUUUGAUUUGCGGUCAUGUGGGCUGCGGUCGUUAUCAGGGUGGCCAUGCUGCCGCUCAUUAUCGAGCCACAAAUCAUACAUUUGCUAUGCAAUUGGGUACUUCUAGCGUUUGGGACUACGCUGGUGACAACUUUGUGCAUCGUUUAUUUCAAAAUAAGACGGACGGUAAACUGGUAGCCUCAACGGCAAACGACGAAGGCGAGGAGAAAAUUGAUUCUAUGCAGUUGGAAUUCACUUAUUUGCUUACUUCUCAGCUGGAUACCCAAAGAAAGUAUUAUGAAGAACGUGUUGAGCGUCUAGAGCAGGAAUGGCGAGAUUUCAGGCUUUCAGCAGAAGCGGCUAAUGAUAAAAUUAUUAUUUUGGAACAACGUGUUCAGAUAUUAACCAAAGAAAAGCAAACAUUAGAAAGAAAGUUACAUCAAAACAAUAACAAAUUGCGUGACUUGCAGAAGCAAUUAGCUGAAGAACAGGAAAUCUCUCGAGCUUUGCAAACAAAUCAAAAUUCUUGGCAUACGAAAUAUAAACUGCUUGAGCAGCAGUAUAAAGAUUAUAAGGAGUCAAAGGAAGAAGAGUUAAAUUCAGUUAAGGAGCAAUUGCACGAUAUUAUGUUUUAUAUGCACGCUCAGACAAAAAUUGCAGAGUCUGAAUUAAAAGACGAGAUUGCUGGUGGUACUGUCGUGUUGCCAGAAACUCCGGAACCCUCGAGCAGUUCAUCGCACAAAAAUCAUCGUCGCAAAAAGAGACAUUAAAUAAUUGUAAGACUUUCAAACUUCUUGAAACAAAGGAAAAAGUAUUUAAGCAAAAUAUUUAUUAUUAUAAUUUUUUUUU